UUCUUGAAGACUUGGGCGUGUCUUCAUUCUUGCAUUUUCAGCCACAGUUCAAAACAGAGGAAAAGCUCUCAGUAUGUGUAAAUGUGGAGUACUGGUGUAUUGAGGAUCAUUGCAAAUCUCCCAAACAUUUUGUGUGUGUUAUGGACGACAAAGACAGAGACUCCUUUGACCCGAGCCUUCCUGAGGAGGGUCCGUCUGCUCCGCCCCCCGGCUGGCUGGACAAUGUGACAGGCUACGAGGACCAUAGAGUGGGAGACUGUACAGAUCAAAUCUGUCCUCCUCCAGCAGACCUUGUCCCUCAGCCUGAAAAUAACAAAAAUGCUUUAGUUCCAAACGUUAUGGUGCCGGCUGUCUCAGAGGAUGUAGCAAGAGAUGCUCUACUGCAGUUUGUGGGUAAAAAGUGGACAUACAGCAGCAAACCUGCGAAAAAUCUGAUCUUCAAAGAGUUGAAUCCUUUUACAGUUUACCGUUACCGCCUGGAAACAUUUACAGAGUCCAGAUCAAGUGUCUGGGAAUCAGAGCCGCACACAGGUCAGUUUGUAGAUGGUCCUCAGAAUGGAGUAAGUCCUCCACCGUGGCACGUCCAAGUGUCCUAUCCACCCAAAUUUACUGAUUUUGUUCAGAAAGUCAGGGUGCCACACUCUUCAUUCAUAAAGCCGUGUCACCGAUGUCAUGGUAACGGCCGCGUGAGGUGUACAAAUUGCCAUGGAGGAGGACUGACUCGCUGUAUGUUUUGUCACGGUUCUGGUCACAGUCGCAACCGACGGUGCACAAACUGCCAUGGACGAGGAAGAAAAAGGUGUGUCUCAUGUCACGGAAAGGGUUUCAAAGUCUGUCUUACAUGUAAUGGCCACAGAAACCUUGUGCAUUUCAUACAGCUCACAGUUACAUGGAAGAACCAAGUGUUUGAAUUUAUACCUGACCGGGUGCCUGAAUUCCCAGGGAAGAAGUUUGAGAAGGUGUCUGGGGAAGCGUUCUUUGUAGAUGAAAACCUCCUGGUCUAUCCAGUAGAGGGCUUCCCUGACCAGGACAUCUGUGAGGCCUCAAAAGGAGCAAUCCAGAAUCACCUCCUUAAAUAUUCUGGUGUUAGCCGCAUCUUGCAACAGCGACAAACAAUUGAGCUGGUGCCCCUCACUCAUGUUUUCUAUGCUUACAAUGGGCAAGACUACAAUUACUUUGUUUUUGGGAGAGAAAACAAGGUUCACAUGACCAAAUACCCUGCUUCCUGUUGUAUUUUGUAAUAUCUGUGUUUGUCUUAUCUCUGGGCAAAUGUCCUAAAAUAAUUUUAUUAAGAUGUAUGUUACUACUAGAGUAAAAUAUGCAAUCAUAUUUUGUAAUAUAUUGAUUAAUUGUAAAUGACUAAACGUU